GACGCCUCUUGGAAGGUUUGUGAGCUUCGUUGUGGGGAUAGCUCUGGGGAGGAGAUCGAGGAUAGAUCGUUACUGGCACCGAAAGGAAAAGCGGAACAUUGAGAUCUUAUCUUAGCAGCAGGAGGUGACUCAGGAGGGUGCUGAAGGAUUGCAGAGUUGGAGGAAGAGCCGGAGCUGAGAGGAUGGGUGUUACCUGUGUUUCCCAGAUUCCUGCAGUUGAGGGCAAGAGUGUUCAGCAAGCAGUGGAAAUGCUCACCAAGAAACUGGAGAUAUUGGGUGCUGUUAAGCAGGGAACGUUUUGUGUGGACUGUGAAACCUAUCAUGCAGGACCGACUGUGACCAUCCCAGGGCAGGCUGCAAAGUUCAUGUACGUUAUGCACAACACAGAAUAUCCUCUCAGCUGCUUUGCACUUUUUGAAAACGGCCCCUACUUGGUGGCAGACUCAAACUUUGACACGCUGAUGAUCAAACUGAAGGGGUUUUUCCAAAAUGCAAAAAGCAGCAAGAUAGAGAGCCGUGGACCUCGCUACCAAUAUGGCGAUUUCCUGGUGAAGGUUGGGACGGUCACCAUGGGACCAAGUGUGCGUGGCAUAUCAGUUGAGGUGGAGUACUGUCCUUGCAUUGUAUCCAAUGACUGUUGGAAUCUCAUGAUGGAAUUCAUGCAGAGUUUCAUGGGAAGCCAUACGCCUGGGAUUCCUUCUGUAUUCUCAACAAAACAUGAUGGAAUUUAUUCACCAACAGACACAGCUAUUCAAUACAUGGAGCUGUUCAAUAAGAUACGGAAACAGCAACAGGCCCCUGUGUCUGGAAUCAGAUAGACUACUUCAGUGUAGGAAAUCUACAUUGAGUCACAUAUGGACUUUGUACUUUUUGUUUCUUUUUGCAAUCUAAGCCACAUUCUUGCUAAAUUAAAUAGCAGAUUUUCAAUAUGGAAUGUUCUUGGAAGCAUUCAAGGUGCUGCAAAAAUCUCUCCAGUAAUUUGUUUCAAAGAAGCAGAAGGUGGAGUGCAGAAAAAUGGUUUGUUGCUUUCCCCCCCCUAUCGACAGAUGUGGACACUCAACAUCUGGGUGUCACUUUUCUGAUGUGGUCAAUGAAGUCUUCCUGUGCUUUACUUUUAACGUCUUCUCCCUCCACCAUCCCAACUCUGCUCACACUGAUUCCCUUGUUAUAUUUGGAAUGCUUUUUGGAGCAGAAUUGUGCAAUUAAAUAUAGGCACAACCUGAAGUGAUGACAUCUGCUGGCUUGGCUGUACAAUCAGUGCUUUUGCAAUUUCAAGUGGUGAGUGGAAGCUUUCAGGAAAGAUUUGAAGAGAGUGGUACAGCCUUAUGAAGAAGGAUCACUGGACCCAAAACAUUAGCUGUCCUUUGUCUCCACAGGUGCUGCCAGAACUGCUGAGAUUUUCCAGCAGUUUCUGUUUCUGUUACAGCCUUGUUUUUGAUUGCACAUCCAAUCUUCGAUUUGAAAGACAUGUGAGUGAAUGGCUAAUUCAGACUGCUGGCCUGGCUGUGGGCAAUGUGAGGUUUAGAAACAGUGUGACAGAGGAAAAUGCUCUCCAGCUCCUCACGGCCGAAUAAUCUUUAAACAAAACCAAUGUUGGAAAUCCAAAAUAAAAAUUAAAAAAUUUUUAAUUGUAGUACAUGAAGUGUCUGAGGAGAGAGGAAGCUGCUGAUGAAAGGUCAUUAUUCUGAAUGCUUACUGUUUUUCUCACUUACAGAUGCUGCUUAACCAGAAUAUUGCCUGUAUUUUCUGUUUUGAUAAAUUAAGUCUUAGUAUCUUCCUGUACAACUGUACGGGUUAUAAGCUUAAUGAAAAGAAACUGCUUUGCUUUAGAUUACGACUGAAAGAUUGUCUUACGCUUUGUAAACCCUUUUUUCUGCUGGUUCUUCAUGGACAAAUGAAUUUAGUGAAAUUAGUUAAUAGAUCUUAGUUUGUGUUAAAAUAUAAGUUGGUCAACAUCACAAGUACGUUGCUCCCAGGCUGAGGAGGUAAUUUAAAACAAAAAAAUGCCCCAUUUCUGACCAGUUGACUCCCACUGGAGCAAUUGUGUGGGCUUCCAGAGAGGGCCAGAUCUGGCUACAUCAGUCCUUGUGACCAUACAGCCUGCUGAGGCAGAUUUACAUAUGAAUGGUGCCUCUUGUGAGGUGCUGGUCAACUGCUGGUGCUGUUGGGUGUUUCUAAAUUUUGGCUAUUAGAUGUUUAAAAUUCUCUACAAUUGUAUCUAUCAUUGAAGCUGUCCAAUGCUAUUAUUCCUUAAAAUAAUGAUUAAAAUAAUUUGAUGAAUUUGCUUUUUGCUUUCUGAGCUACUUUCCAACUGGGUUCACUGGAUAGUAAUCAAAACUGGGGAUAAUUACUGCUUCCCUAUCUCCUGGUAGAGGAGUGCUAAAGAAACAUAUGGUGUUCCACCUGCUCAGAUUAGCAAACUCAAAUCAAAAGAAAGGGAAGGACCCUGAUAACUUGGAUGGCUCCAGUCCCUACUGCAAUGAGAUUUUUUGAUGGCCAUCAAAACAAUUUAUGGAGCACAACUUACUCCAAAAAGUAAGGUAAAACACCCAAUACAGUGGGGAGAUGAAGAAAUCCAAUGUUAUUGCAAUAAGUUUUUAGAUGCCUUAAUUCUGAAACUCAUUAUUGUUUAAAGCUAUCCAGACUGUUAUGUACAAUAUUAUAUUUCUGUGUAUGGUUAAUGGUUUCAUCUAGUUUUGGAAAAGACAAUUCAUUAAUGGGACACACCACUCCACAACUGCCAGAGAUUGAGAUAAUGUCAUAAACCACAAAGGGCAAACCAUAAAUAACUUACAAACGAUGUCAAUUUUGGGAGGUGUUGAUGCUCAGAAUCCCUUUCAAAAGUGCAAGAUUGCAGUAUGCUGAAUGCAACGUAUUCUUGUUCAUUUUGUGCUGAGCAUUGCUACAAUGGAAUUGUUGGAUUUAUGAAGUAAUAUUGUGUCAUAUGAUGGCUUGGUAAGCAGAAAUAGUGAGAUUUAUUUAACUGAGAAAAUAGACAAACAGGACAACCUGUCUGCUGAAAAACAAAAGGAAAUACAAAUAUGCUAGAAAUGUGAUAGUGUAAUAAAAUGCGGGAAAUGUUCAGGUUGUUUACAAAAUGUGGAGACAGUUCUGAUGAAGGGUGCAGUCUGACUUUUAAACUAGUCUGUGAUUGUUUUUGUAUUUUGUUUUCUCCCUACCUCAAUAUUUCAGUUCUCAUACUGACUCUGUUUUUGAGAUAAGUGAGGAAUGUUUCCAGUUCUUCAACUUGUUAACACGCUUCCAGUGAAGGCCUAGAUAGAAUAUUGGUAUGGUUACUUGGCCAUGAGAGGCAUCAGACUUGAUCUGAAUCACCUAUCCAUUUAGUAGGUGAUAUGUCCCAAAAUGUUUCACAAAACCAUGAGAAAACGAUGGCACCUAGUCAACAUAUAAGACAGGUGACCCAAAUCUUGAUCAACAAGGUAACUCUUAAGAACCAGCUUAAAGGAAGAGAGCAAAGCGGAAAGAUUUGAGAGAGUUCCAUAACUUUGCUACUAGACGACUGAAGCAAUUAUUGGAAGUUGUAGGAGGUAGAAGAUGCACAAAACCGGAAUUGGAGGUAUGCAGAGUUGACUGAAUUGCAAGGCUUGAGGAAGUUGCUGAAAUAAGCCUUCUGUAAUCAGACAGCCAGACGUUAUGCUUUUGACUGUGAUCAUUGGAUCAUAUUGAAAACUGGGGAUAAUUUCUCUUUCCUACCUCCUGGUCAAGGAAUGCUAAGGAAACAUGUAGUGCCGCACCCGCUCAAAUUAGCAAACUCAAAACGAGCAAAGGAGGGAUCCAGAGAUCCUGGACAUCUUAAUUCCCUACUGCAAUGAGAUUUUUGGCUAUCCUCAGGAUUGUUUCUUUACACAUUUAUUUCUGCUCAGUUGGUACAGUAUGGGAAUAAAUAUCCAAAUAGCGUUUUAAAACAGGGGGCAAUAAAAGUGGCUCAUUCAUUUUGCUUGUUCGGGAUUGUGCUGCACUUGUGACAAUUAUACAGAAUCUGUUUUUGUGUUAUUCUUUCAUGGGAUGCAGGCAUCACUGGCUAGGCCAACAUAUAUUCCAUUCAUGAUGGCUCGAGGACAGUUAAAUGUCAACAAAAUUAUUCUGGGUCUCGGGUCAAAAGUAGGUCAAACCAGGUAAGGUCAGCAGAUUUUCUCCCUGGUGUGCUAGUUAUGUGAUCUUGUAUAAUGUUCAAGAUUAAAUGAGUUACUAUUCGUUUCACGCUGCCUUUUAUAAGAAAUAGAUGCAGGAACUGGCUAUUUCUGAACUUGCUCCACCAUUCAAUAAGAUUACAGAUGAGCUAAUUUUAGUCUUUUCUCCACUUUGCUGUCUCUAUAUCCCUUGAUUUCUUUGUUGAUCAAAAAGCUAACUUAAUCUUGAAUAUGUUCAAUGAUUCAGCCUCCACUGUGCUCCCAGAGACCUUCAGAGGAAAAAAAAAUGUCAUCUCAGUCUUAAAUGGGAGACUCCUUAUUUUAAAAAUGUGAUAGGGUCUCCAGCUCUAAGGAUGUCCCUCACAAGGAAAAUCACCAUCUUAGCCUCUAUCUCUCAAAUUCCCUUAUCUUUUGUUUCUGUAAUAUUACCCUUUAUUCAUCUGGUGAACUUUAUCUGGACUGCUUUCCAAUGCAAAUAAUAUCCCUCCUUAACAAGGAGACAAAUACUGCACGCAGCUCUCUAGAUGCGGUCUCACCAGUGCCUUGUACAGUUGUAGCAAGGCUCCCUACUUUAAUGAUGCACCCCCCUUCCAAUCAUAGUGGAUUUUACUUCCCCAGUGGUUGAAAACAGUAUUGCUCCAUUCCUCAAGAAGUCAGCACAAGUAAUCAAGUUGUUAGAGCACCAUCUGGUAUCCAGCCCUACAGUGCAGGAGGCCAAUCAUGUUUAUUGUGCCUGUGCUGAGGAAUUAAUAAAUAAAAGCAAUGACAAUCUGUUUUUGUUGUUUAUGAUGUUGACAAUUAGCAAUAAAAACCAGGAGUGGAACCACCUCAUGCUACCAGCAGGUGGUGGCACCUUAAGACUGUGUGUGUGUGUGUGUGUGUGUCUCAGACUCUGUCUCUCUGUUUCUCACUGUUUGCCUUAUGCAGCUGACGAGGCAGCCUGUGGAGUUACCAGCUGUAAACAUAUCUUUUAAUCUUAUGCCAGAUUCUUGAGACUCACCUAGUUCAGUUCUGAAAAGUCGGAGACUGAUGAGUGCAGCUAAUUAGCUUUAAUAUGAUAUGCAACAUGUUGCUGUUUCAGUGUCUGUUCCCAAACAGAAUGACUGACAGGGUCAGUGGAUUCUGCAUACUGAGUCUUAGGCAUGACUGUUGACCCAUUUAAAACACACUUUCUUUUAUAUUUUUAUCUUUUUGACAGUUUAUUGCCAAUUGUAUUAUUUCCUAAUUUCUUCUCUCAAAACAAACAUCUGUCAACAAAGGGGAGUUAUUGAGAAUGCGUAAGGCUAAACAUAUGGAAGUGUUUAUUUUUACAAGUGACGUACAUCAAAGUGGAUAAUAUUUUUCAGACAAUUUCCAUUGCGCACACUUACUUUUCUGUUACACCUAUGUCAAAUUUUAUUUUGAAACACCUUUUAAAUGCUACAAAGUCUUUACAAUGCUACUGCAGACAGUAGCUAUAUCAUUGAGUGGGUUAAUGGACACCAUCACUUAAAGAUUUACUCUCUGUCUUAGUUGGCAAAUAUGGAAUACAGGGUUGCUAAAUCAUUUGGAAAAGAGCAUUGUGAUUACUGUUCUCAUUUGGGUGGCAGCAGUUGACAUAUCCAUAUCCUGGACCUCAAUAUAUUGUUCAUGCUUCUUGUGUUGUUGCUAUCCUUCUGGAAAAUCCAGUUGUGGGGAUAUUUGACAAGGGCUUAAGCUUGACUGUGAUGCCCAUGUAGUAAAUAAUGCAGGUAUAAGUUAGGAUUUUAUUUUAUUCCUCAUAUUUUCAAGAUCUGGAAUUUACUACCUCAAUAGACACAGGAAUGGACUGUUUCUGAGCCUGUCAGUAACAAUAUAGCUGAUCUAAUUUUAUUCUUUACUCCACUUUCCUGUCUAACUCCAUGAGUCUUGUUUCUUUUUUCUUCAGUCAAAAAAACUGACGUAGCCCUGAGAACAUUCAAUGACUCAACCUCUACCAUCCUCACAGUAGCAACCCUUAGAGGGGAAAGAGUGGGAAGUAAACCAAAUUUUUGAUUUUUUUUCAAAAGCUGGCAAAGGCAGAAUGGGCUUAGUGGCCUCCUUCAAUGCUAUAACAUUCUACUGUGUGGUUAAAUAGCCUUCUGAAAUUACUGAGAGCUAAUUCUUGGGGGUUGGCCUCUUGGCAAAGGUACAAUGGUAGCAGCUGACAUUUUGGAACUCCACUCUCAGUCGGAGAAAACUUUCCAGAAAGUAGAGAAAGUUGGGUGGGGAAUUGGAGGAGUGUAAGUUGGGAGAGGGGAUUUAGUUUGAAACAGGGUAUCUGACAAAACAAGAGACAAGUAAACUCAGCAAAACUCAUAUGCUAGGAAUGGUAGUAUUUUAAGUGACAUUUUAAUAUAUUAAUUCUUGCUCCAAAAAUAAACUUAGAUUGUAAACUCGUUUAACAAAAUGAUUAUAUCUAAUUACAAAUGUCUACAGAAUCUGGAUUCCAUUACGUUCCAGUCAUUGCACAAUGGUUACAAAUUAAAAACAUGUUUUUAAUAACAAAGCUGAUCAUUUGAUAAUUGUCUCUUCUAACGUGCAGUUUAAAAAAAAAUUACAAAAGUUUAGAUACCUUGCAUUUGAUGUCUGGAUGUAACAUUUGCCUAUUUAGGCCACUGGCCCAUUGGAAAUAUUUGAGCUGUGAUCUUGAAAGGGACAGGCUCAGCUUGCAAACAGUGCUCCAGCAGACUUCAGAUAUUUUGGCAUCUUUUACAGGAUUGAAGGGCUCAAGAGGCAUUAAUUUGGUUAAGUGGUGGCAUUUUGAGUCACUCAGUUGUGGGUUUAAAUUUCAUUCUUGGAUCUCAAGGGCUUUAUCUAAGUUGACAUUUAAGUACCAGAGCUUUGUUUUGAGAGAGAAUUUUCUUUAUUUUAUAUAAAAUAUUAAUUUAAACUGAAGUCCUGUGUGCAAGUGAAUUAACCUUUACAUACUUUGAAGGAUAUGAGAGAUUUCCUGGUCAGCAUUUAUCCUUAACAGAGUCACAGAGAUGUUAUGGUGCAGAGCCCAUUCGGCCCAUUGGACCCUUAACCAAAAUCGAUUAACUCCUUGUUAACCUUUUGGGCUGUCCUUUCUGUGUCUGAUUAACUUCUGCUUUCAAAUUUAUUGCUUUUAAUCCAAUCACGUGUUGAGGGCAUUGCUGGCUAAACCAGCAUUUAUUGCCCAUCACCGAAGAUGACAGUUUCCUUCCCAAAACGAUGUUGGUGAAUCAGAGGUCUUUUCUAACCAUCAAUUCAUUUUUAGACUCUUAAUUCCAGGUUUUUAUUGAAUUCAAAUUCCACCGUUGGAAAUGGCACGAUUUGAAUCUGUGUCUCUGCCAUAAUACCACUAGGCCAUCGUGUAGUGCUUUGAGAUCAUGCAUCAAGGGUAAUUGAUUGACUGCAAAGCAUUUUAGGACACCAGGAUGUACUUUGCCACUUUUCCAAUCUGGAAUGCUUGGGACCAAGUUAUUCCUGGAUUUAUUGUAGAAGAUCAUUAGAAUGUCUACUCAUAUGCGAGUGAAAUGGAAAACAUCAUUGAUAAUUCAUUAUAAAGCAGCAAUAAAACCAGUUUUGAUUAUCUAAGUGCUAAAUUUUUCCAGGUAUUUUUCUCUCAAAAUACUGUACUAAAAUGAUGAGUCAUUUAGGUCCACUCAAAAAAAAACCUUCUAGAUAAGUCGUGUUCUUAUCCAUAGAGGCCAGACUGGAGAGAGACAGUAUUAUAUAAAAAAAAUUUCUCUCUCUGAAAUGGGAUGUAUGUGAAUUUGAACAGAAGUGAUAGCAUUUUGCCUAUUUUCUAUAGCUCUGUCUUUGUUGUCUGGUGUAAAAUGAAACACUUCUCUCCUCUUCUAAAUAAUAAAGGAGCAGUAAAUGUAUUGUCAUAAAGGUACUGGAUUUUGUACUGGACAUUGGUGAUAAUAUUUGAUUAUAUAAGCUUCUUCGUGUAUUUUUAUUAGUUGUGCCCAUCUUAGUAAGGGAAAAUGUUUUGUUUGAUGUCACCAGCCCAGUGUCUCCUUACAGUUCUAUUAUGACGGGUUGUACUGCAAAUGAAUGGUGCCAACAUUAUUUGGAUAUAUCCAUGAAGUCUUAGUCAUCGAAACCACUGCACCCAGUCAAACAACAUUCUUUUCCCAUAUGUCCUUGUGCAAAAACAAACAGUUUGUAAAAGAUUUAUUCAAGGGAUAUGGGUAUCACUGACUGCCCAGCGUUUGUUGCCUGUUUCUAGUUGCCUUUUAGAAGGUGGUUAGCUGCCUUCUUGCACCACUGCAGUCCACAUGCUGUAGAUUGCCCUACAAUGCCCAUGGGGAGGGAAUUCCAUGAAUUUGACCUAGUGACAGAGAAGGAACUCGUAGGUGGUGGAACUUGUAGGAUAAGUAUUCCAAUUUGUAGAUAGUAUGCACAGCUGCUUCUGAGCAUCGGUGGUAAGGGGCUGGAUGCUUGUGGAUGUGGUACCAAUCAAGCGGCUCCUUUGUACCAGAUGGUGUCAAGCUUCUUGAAUGUUGUUGGAGCUGCAUCCAUUCAGUCAACUGUAGAGUAUUCCAUCACAUUCCUGACCUAUGCCUUGUAGAUGGUGGACAGACUUUGGGGAGUUAGGGGUGACUUGCCACAGUAUUCCUUGCCUCCAACCUACUCUUGUAGCCACUGUGCUUAUGUGGCGAGUGCAGUUGAGUUUCCAAUCAUUGGUAAACUCCUGUUUUCCCACCCCCACGUCCCAGGAUGUGGAUAGCAGGAGACUCGGUGAUGGUAACAGCAUUGAAUGUGAAAGGGCAGUGGUUCGAUGGUCAUUGCCUGGCAUUUGUGUGGUGUGAAUGUUACUUGUAUUUGUCAGUCCAAGCAUGGAUGUUGUCUGGAUCUUGUUACUUUUGAACAUCGACUGCUUCAGGAGUUGUAAAUCAUGCUGAACAUCCCCACUUAUGACCUUAUGAUGGAGGGAAGGUCAUUGAUGAAGCAGCUGAAGAUGCUUGGGCCAAGGACACCGCUGAGGGACCCCUGCAGCAAUGUCCUGGAGCUGAGAUGACUGACCUCCAACAACCAAAAUCAUCUUCAUAUGUGCCAGGUAUGCCUCCAAUCGGCAGACAGUUUAUCCUUGAUUCACAUUGAUUCCAGUUUUGCUAGAAAUGAUAUAAGGAAAAACAUUGCAAUAUUCCUAUGAUUUGGAACACAGUUACUGAAACAUGGUAGAAACAAGUUGGAUAAGCAUUUGAAGGGGGAAAAUUGCACUUAAAAUAAUGUAUUUAUAAGGUGCUUUUCCUAACAUGCAACAUCUCAAAAAUAGAUUGGCUGAUGGUGAGAAGAACAUUUCCUGCCAAUCAUCCAUUCUUGGUCAGAUUCUCAUCACUGCAAAUUGCCUUUGAGAUGGCUGCAGCAAUGAAGAGAGAGUUGGACGUCUCCUGGAAUUUGCCUUUGCAAAGGCGUUUUGGAAAGAGAUGCAGUGGCUUUUGUGGAAGUUCAUCCCGAGCAGUUCUGUGAUUCUUAGCUUGAGCUGUUGCCUGGAAUACACAAUGACACAAACCUCAACUGUGGCUAGGGUAGCUAGGCUUCUAGAAACACUUUAACAACAGCUGUUUGUGUGAAGACCGAUCAAGUGGAAUAGGAAUUCCAAGAUCCAGGGCUAUGCGCUGAGAGUUGCACGAAAACCCAGAGCAGCCACUACCAAGGUACAGUGGGGAAAAGCCACUUUACGCCAAAAUGUACCAAGCGGCUACUAACUUCUAUAACCCUUUUAGCAAAAUACUUGCAUUGAAAUGUGUUUAGCUUUUGUAUUUAGUAAUCAAAUAAAUUUUGCAUUUGGAAGGAGGCAUGGUGCAAAUCAUUCAAAUGAGAAAUGUGGAAUUGUAUUUUCUGUAAUGUCCAAUUUGGAUUGUUUUGUCAUGUACUUUUAUAAAAUUUAUACAUGAAGUGUUUUCUGCAAACAAAAUAUCAGAUGUCCCAAAAUGCUUUAUGGGGCAGUUCAAUAGUUUUUGAAGAGUAGUCGCUGUUCUAAUAAAACAGCAACAUGAUAAUGAUCAGAUAAUCUCUUUUUUGAAGUUGAUUGAGUUGUAAAUAUCGUGCAGGCCACUAGAGAUAACUCCUUGCUGUUCUUUGAAGUAGUGCCACAGGAUCUUUUACAUCCGUCCAAGCAAGCAGACAGGCCCUCAGUUUGAAUCUCUUUCCAAAGACAGCACAAUCUGACAGCCCUGCACUCCCUCAGUGUUCCACUGAAAUGCUGUGUGCCCAGAGUGACCCUGUAAGACACAACACUCAGACAAGAGUGCUAAAAAUCAAGGAGAACAAAGUGUGGUGCUGGAUGAACACAGCAGG